AUGGGGGCCGUCGAGGCGGGCGCGGGCGCCACUUUCGGGGCCUGGGACUACGGCGUCUUCGCGCUCAUGCUGCUCGUGUCCACGGGCAUUGGGCUGUGGGUCGGGCUGGCGGGCGGCGGGCAGCGCAGCGCCGACGACUUCUUCACUGGGGGCCGGCGCCUGGCGGCUGGGCCCGUGGGGUUGUCGCUGGCCGCCAGCUUCAUGUCGGCCGUGCAGGUGCUCGGUGUGCCGGCCGAGGCCGCCCGCUUCGGACUCAAGUUCCUGUGGAUGUGCCUGGGCCAGCUGCUCAGCUCGGCUCUCACCGCCGCGCUCUUCCUGCCGGUCUUCUACCGCCUGGGCCUCACCAGCACCUACCAGUACCUGGAACUGCGCUUCAGCCGCCCGGUGAGGCUCUGCGGGACGGUGCAGUACCUGGCGGCCACGACACUCUACACAGGCAUCGUGAUCUACGCACCAGCGCUCAUCCUGAACCAAGUGACUGGGCUGGACAUCUGGGCGUCCCUCCUGUCUACCGGGUUCAUCUGCACCUUCUACACGACUGUCGGCGGCAUGAAGGCUGUGGUGUGGACCGACGUGUUCCAGGUGGUCGUGAUGCUGAGCGGGUUCUGGGUGGUUCUGGCCCGCGGCGCUCUGCUCAUGGGUGGACCCCGGCAUGUGCUCCAGCUCGCCCACAACCACUCCCGGAUCAACAUGAUGGACUUUAACCCCGAUCCUCGAAGCCGCUACACGUUCUGGACUUUUGUGGUAGGGGGAACAUUGGUGUGGCUGUCCAUGUAUGGUGUGAACCAGGCCCAAGUGCAGCGCUAUGUGGCGUGCCGCACAGAGAGUAAGGCCAGGCUGGCCCUCCUCAUCAACCAGCUGGGCCUGUUCCUGAUUGUGUUCAGCGCUGCCUGUUGUGGCAUCAUCAUGUUUGUGUUCUACCAGGAAUGUGACCCUCUCCUCACAGGGCGCAUUUCUGCCCCAGACCAGUAUAUGCCUCUGCUGGUGCUGGACAUCUUCAAAGACCUCCCUGGGGUCCCUGGGCUCUUCCUGGCCUGUGCCUACAGCGGCACCCUCAGCACCGCGUCCACCAGCAUCAAUGCCAUGGCAGCCGUCACUGUGGAAGACCUCAUCAAAACCCGGAUGCCCGGCCUGGCGCCCCGGAAGCUCGUCCUCAUCUCCAAGGGGCUCUCUCUCAUCUACGGCUUGGCCUGUCUCACGGUGGCCGCCCUGUCCUCACUGCUGGGUGGCGGUGUCCUCCAGGGCUCCUUCACCGUUAUGGGCGUCAUCAGCGGACCCCUGCUGGGAGCCUUCAUCCUGGGCAUGGGAUUGCCGGCCUGCAACGUGCCAGGCGUCCUGGCAGGGCUGGGCUCGGGCUUGGCUCUCUCGCUGUGGGUGGCCGUAGGUGCCACGCUGUACCCACCAAGCGCCGAGAGCAUGGGCGUCCUGCCGUUCUCCACCACUGGCUGCCUCGUUCCUUCGGCCAACGUUUCUGACCUGGACUCUCUUCUGGCUGCCAACAGCUUGGGCAGAGUCCCCAGCUCCGCAGUGAACCCCAGUCGACCCGCCUUAGCUGACAGCUUCUACGCCAUCUCCUAUCUGUACUAUGGUGCACUGGGCACGCUGACCACCGUGCUAUGUGGAGCAGUGGUCAGCUUCCUGACUGGCCCGACCAAACGCAAUGCCCUGGGCUCCGGGCUGCUCUGGUGGGAUCUCUCUCAGCAGGUGGCAGCGGUGGCCCCUAAGGAGGAAACAGCCAUCCUGAAUGACAACCUAACGAAGAGUCCAGAAGAAAUAUCAGCGGGAGCCAAGAAGCCCCCCGAGGAGGAGCAGCGCCCGCUGUGCCGGGGCCAGGCGGGGGCCGCGCCCUGCACCCCGGGGGCCGUUCCCCUUUUGACCCGGGCUCAGCCACACGGGGACCCAGACCCAGACCCGGCCCGCGAGCAAGAAAGCAACCUCUGA